AUGGGCCUGCGCAACUGCCUCGACGGCAAUAAUAUGUCAGGACAACGCAAUAUCCCCCCUGAAAUCGGGGAACAGCCCGAGCAACCACCUUUGGAGGCCCCAGGGGCAGCUGCCCCCAGUGCUGGGCCUAGCCCAGCCGAAGAGAUGGAGGCCGAACCGCUUCACAGCGAGCCCAUCCCCAUCGAGAUUGAUGGCGAGGCCUGUGGACCCCCAGAGGUCUCCAGGCCCAACUUUCAGGCCAUCGGACCAACCUACGAGGAAGCUCAAGCCCGUGGAAGCUACAGCCCACCUCCUGAGGAAGCCAUGCCCUUUGAGGUCGAGCAGCCCAGCUUGGGAGUCUCCUGGCCUACCCAGAAGCAGUCUGGAUCUCCAACUGGGGCCGAGGCAGGCCUUGAGGCCUUCAGCCCAGCACUCAUGGAGUCCGGAGCCUUCGGAGGUGCCAGAUCAGGCAUGGGAAGCUACAGCCCUCCACCAGAAGAAGCUAUGCCCUUUGAGUUUGACCAGCCUGCGGAGGGAGACUGCAGCCAACCUCUCUUGCAGGUCCCAGACCUUGCUCCAGGUGGCCCAGGUGCCAGGGUCCCUGGAGCUCCUCCCGAGGAGCCUGGAGACCUCAAGUCUGCAAACGCUGGCUUCAGAGGAGCCUACAGCCCUCCCCCUGAGGAGGCUAUGCCAUUUGAGCUUGAUGGAGAAGCCUUUGGAGAUGACAGCCCACCCCCCGGGCUCCCCCGAGUUAUCCCACAAGUCGGCGAUGACCAGUUCGCGGCCAUCGCGGUCCCGAGCGCGGUCUGCCUCGCUCCCGCCGGGAACGCGCCUUCCCUUUGGGUCCCAGACGCCAUCGGCAGCCCAUCCCGAGAGGCUGUCAGACCUCUUCCUAACUUCGUGGGUGACAGCCCCUCGAUGGAGAUCUCCGGACCCUCGCUCAAGAUUGGCAGAGCCCCCGUUGGGGUCGACGACGCUCCCAUCGACAUGGACAGCCCCCCAAUCGCGCUUGACGGACCGCCCAUCGAGGUCUCCGGAGCCCCAGAUAAGAGAGAGCGAGCGGAGAGACCCCCAGUUGAGGGAGAAACAGCCGAAAUGGAAGGAGACUCAGCCAUCGCUGCCGCGGAGGGAAGAGAAGUCCCUUCUCCCGGGGAUGGAUCCCCUGCCACCAGAGCGGCUCCUGCCGCCCCAGCCGAUCCUGCCGCCGGGGCGAUCCCUGUCUCCCCAGCCGAUCCUGCCGCCGGGGCGGCCCCUAUCUCCCCAGCCGAUCCCGACUCCAGGGAGGCUCCUGCCCGCCCAGCAGAUCCUGACACCGGAGCAGCCCCUGACACCGGAGCAACCCCUGCCGCCCCAGCCGAUCCUGUCGCCGGGGAAGACCCUAGCAUCCCAGCGGAUCCUGAUGCCUCCGGGGCAGCCCCUGCCGCCCCAGCCGCUCCUGACGCUGGGGAAGUCCUUGCUACCACGGCCGAUCCUGCGUCCAGGGCAGCCCCUGGCGCCCCAGCAGCUCCUGCCGCCGGGGCAGCCGGGGCAGCCCGGACAGCCCCUGCCGCCGGGGCCAGACGCAAGCUCCAUCUCCUUAGACCCCCCAGCCCCGAGAUCCAGGCUGCCGACCCGCCUACUCCGCGGCCUACGCGCGCGGCUGCCUGGCGGGGCAGGUCUGAACGCAGCCGCGGCCGCCACGGGUACGAAGAGGAAGGGGCCAGCUACGAAGACUCCAGCGGAGACGAGUCCGAUGAUGGGGCCACCGGAUGCUUUCACUGGUUUCUGCACCGGCGAAAUCGCCACCGCCAAAAGCCCCGGCGCAACUUACUCCGCAACUUCCUCGUGCAAGCCUUCGGGGGCUGCUUCGGUCGGUCUGAGAGUCCCGAGCCCCAAGCCCCGUGCCCCGCCAAGGUCAAGAAGGCUUCUGUGGCGGAAAAGCGCAGACAGAUGCGCAAAGAAGCCAUGGAGAUGCGUGCCCAGAAGCGCGCAGAGAAGAAACGCAGCAAGCUCAUCGACAAGCAACUCCAGGAUGAGAAGAUGGGCUACAUGUGUACGCACCGCCUGCUGCUUCUAGGUGCUGGAGAAUCUGGUAAAAGCACCAUUGUGAAGCAGAUGAGGAUCCUGCAUGUUAAUGGGUUUAAUGGAGAGGGCGGCGAAGAGGACCCGCAGGCUGCAAGGAGCAACAGCGAUGGUGAGAAGGCAACGAAAGUGCAGGACAUCAAAAACAACCUGAAGGAAGCCAUUGAAACCAUCGUCGCCGCCAUGAGCAACCUGGUGCCCCCUGUGGAGCUGGCCAACCCCGAGAACCAGUUCAGAGUGGACUACAUUCUGAGCGUGAUGAACGUGCCUGACUUUGACUUCCCACCUGAAUUCUACGAGCACGCCAAGGCUCUGUGGGAGGACGAAGGGGUGCGCGCCUGCUAUGAGCGCUCCAACGAGUACCAGCUGAUCGACUGCGCCCAGUACUUCCUGGACAAGAUUGAUGUCAUCAAGCAGGCCGACUAUGUGCCCAGCGACCAGGACCUGCUUCGCUGCCGUGUCCUGACCUCUGGAAUCUUUGAGACCAAGUUCCAGGUGGACAAAGUCAACUUCCACAUGUUCGAUGUGGGCGGCCAGCGCGAUGAACGCCGCAAGUGGAUCCAGUGCUUCAAUGAUGUGACUGCCAUUAUCUUCGUGGUGGCCAGCAGCAGCUACAACAUGGUCAUUCGGGAGGACAACCAGACCAACCGUCUGCAGGAGGCUCUGAACCUCUUCAAGAGCAUCUGGAACAACAGAUGGCUGCGCACCAUCUCUGUGAUUCUGUUCCUCAACAAGCAAGAUCUGCUCGCUGAGAAAGUCCUUGCUGGGAAAUCGAAGAUUGAGGACUACUUUCCAGAGUUCGCUCGCUACACUACUCCUGAGGAUGCGACUCCCGAGCCCGGAGAGGACCCACGCGUGACCCGGGCCAAGUACUUCAUUCGAGAUGAGUUUCUGAGAAUCAGCACUGCUAGUGGAGAUGGGCGCCACUACUGCUAUCCUCACUUCACCUGCGCUGUGGACACCGAGAACAUCCGCCGUGUGUUCAACGACUGCCGUGACAUCAUCCAGCGCAUGCACCUUCGUCAGUAUGAGCUGCUUUAAGGAGGGAACCCCCAAAUUUAAGUAAAGCCUUAAGCACAAUUAAUUACAAGUGAAACGUAAUUGUACAAGCAGUUAAUCACCCACCAUAGGGCAUGGUUAACAAAGCAGCCUUUCCUCUCUCCCCCAAGUGAUUUUGCAAAACCCCUUUUUCCCUUCUGCUUGCUUAGAUGUUCCAAAUUUAGAAAGCUUAAGGCGGCCUACAGAAAAAAGAAAAAGAAAAAGGCCACAGAAGUUCCCUCUCACUUUCAGAAAAUAAAAUAACAGCAGCAAACAAAAAGAAAUAAACGAAAUAAACGAAACAAAGAAAUAAAUGAAAUAAAUAUCGUGUUGUGCAGCAUUAAAAAAAUCAAAAUAAAAAUUAAAUGUGAGCAAA